AUCCCUUCUAAUUUUUCCGCCACUGAUUAAUCUCCACUGGUAAUCUCCCAUCUCCAGCUCUCCCUUCCUUCUCCUUUCCCCGCCAUGGCGAUGGCGCUCUCACCUUUUCUUCCUCCUCCUCGGUUACUCCCCAAAAUUCCCGCUCAAUUUCCAUUACUCUCCUCUCCAAAACCCUCCCGCUUCUCCUCCAAGUUCCUUCCCAGAGCCGUAGGAGAAUGGCAAGAGUACGAGGAGGCCGUGAAGCGAAAGGACCUCGCCAGGGCCCUCAGGUUCCUGACAUCCUUGCAGCCCAACUCAACCACUCGCCGUCCGUAUCCCUCCCCCGCCGACUCUUCUCCGUCCGAAAUCGACGGUUUCGGCUCCGGGUUGGGUUCCAUUGAUGGAUUGCAGCGGGAUUGGGAGGUUCUGGAUACUUGUAUGAACGCAGACGACAUGAAGCUCGUCGCCGCUGCUUACAAAUUCCUCAAGCACAGAGGCUUCCUCCCCAAUUUUGGAAAGUUCAGCAGCAUUGUUUUGGAGGGACCUAGAGAUGUCACGCCCACUGUUUUGAAGUCUGCCACUGGACUAGAAGUGACCAAAUUGGCUCCUAAAAAAUGGGGGAUUUCUGGAUCGUCAAACAUCGCAGUGGCUGCUUUUCUAGGGGCAACUUGUUUACUGCAGUGGAAAGGAAUCGAUGUUAGAACCAACCUUUCUGCAGUAUUGGGUUUAGCCCUUCUCGAUAACAUCUUCUUAGGUGGAACCUGCUUAGCUCAAAUCUCAAGUUACUGGCCUCCAUACAGGCGUAGAAUCCUUGUUCAUGAAGCAGGCCAUCUUCUGGUAGCAUACCUUAUGGGUUGUCCCAUUCGUGGCGUGAUUUUAGAUCCUAUAGUUGCUGUGCAAAUGGGCAUUCAAGGGCAGGCGGGAACUCAGUUCUGGGAUGAAAAAAUGAGUAAUGAGCUUGCUGAAGGCCAGCUUAGUGGCGCUGCCUUUGACAGAUACUCUAUGGUGCUUUUUGCCGGCAUUGCAGCUGAAGCUCUUGUUUAUGGUGAGGCAGAAGGGGGAGAAAACGAUGAGAAUCUGUUUAGGAGCAUUUCCAUUCUUCUCGAACCCCCACUAUCUGUAGCACAGAUGUCGAAUCAAGCUAGAUGGGCAGUACUGCAGGCUUACAAUAUGCUGAAAUGGCACAAGGAAGCUCACACAGCCGCUUUUAAGGCAAUGGAAAGUGGAGGGAGUCUGAGUGUUGUGAUCAGGAGAAUCGAGGAAGCUAUCAGUUUCAAUAGAUGACAUAUACUAGAAAUUCAACAUCAUUGUGCUUUUACUGCCCAUAACUAAUAUAUAUCUCCUUCGAGGUAAAAAUCUAGUAGUUUGGACAACUUCCUUUCUCAUCUUACCGUCAUGUGUCAUUAUGGCUAAAUUAGCUGUUGCUAUGAGUAAUACUCGAUCGUGCAUUUGACACAGGAAGCGCAAGGCAAGCAACACCAGCAACUGGAGCAUCUUGCAGUAGACUUCAUUUGUUUCUACAAGAUGCUGUAAUCGGAAGAGCAGCAUAAAUGUGCAUAUGUUGAGGUCAAUGCUGAAGAAGAAGAGAUUGGUGCAACCAGUGGCAAUAGAUCACGAGAUUGAUAAAUGUUAUAGGAUAUCCAGCAUCUAUAUGAAGCUGCAGAAUGUACUCAGAGUUGUACAAAAUGAGUACCACUUUUAAAGUCUCGUGUUUUGCAUUGGAGACUAGUUUAAGCAUUCACAGCUCAAAGCCUCAAAAUGACAAAUUGCCGUCACAUCCUUGAGCUUAUAGUGUACUAAAAAACAUUGAUUGCUUUGUGUAAUUAUCAUAGAAGAACUGCAUUUUUGAGAGAGACCCCUGGAGCCGAUACUUCAACCAUCUUUGCUUGUUUUCUCCAGAUCCAGACUAAAUUCAUGUGUUGCCAUCACAAAAAUGAAGUGAAAUAUAGUUU